GAGCUAUCUCACUCGCCUCGCGCCAGGACGAAAGGAGGCUCAGCUGCUUACUCAAGACGACACCGGGUACAGAGAGGACCACCACCCCCAGGGAGAGCCGCGAGCAAGCCGACACCCCCGUCGACGAUGUGGCCAUGUGGGGCAUGGUGCGGAGAGAGCUAGCGCGCUCGUCGGGCGGCGAGUACGUGCUCGUGCACCAGCAGGAGCAGCACGGAGUGCGCCAGGUGCAUGAAGACGUGACGUGUGAGGGGCUGGACUGCAGCUGGACGCGCUCCGGCUCCAGCAGGACCUGCCUGCGCUGCCGUGGACCGCGGCGCCGGGAGCUCGCGGCUGACGGGACGGCACUCGGAGGAGUGGGUCAGGAUCAUCUUUCUUCUCUCCUCCCAGAGAUAAGCGGGGACCAGCGUUUUACUGGUGCAUCCCGUGUUCCCGUCCGAGCGAUGUCUCAGUAGGACGCGCGGCGGACGCCCCCCUCGGCCAAAGACGUCGAAAGGCGACGAAAAUUGCAGCUCGACAAAUGGCUGCGUGACAUUUCUCCAAUGAGUGUCAUUUACAUGCGAAAUUCAGCCAAUGGAAACCAACAUCGUGGCUUUUCUAUGAGCUCAGAUGACGACAUGAUUGACAUUACUACUACAGGAACCGUAACUGAACGCUCCAUCCACUAUGAUGACCCAGGAACAUCUCAUUUACCUGGUGUAACUUACUGCAUGGGGGAUGGUGAAGGUGAGUCGCUUUGCUAUCAGCGAACCUCUAUCCUGCAGCAUGUUGCUGCCGAUGGUGAUGAGAUCCCAGGUAUCGGCCAGUAUGAAGAUUUCCACACCAUCGAUUGGCAAAGAGAUAUUGCAAGAGACCGCAUGCGUCACCGAUACAUUGUUAAGAGAAGACAGAACUCUUUAUUUGACCUAGUGAAAGGAGCACAUGAUGCAUGGUCUGGUUGGGUUUGUGUUUUACUAGUAGGAUUAACCACAGGAGUAGUCGCUGGUGUCAUUGACAUUGGUGCAUCAUGGAUGUCAGAUUUGAAAUAUGGUAUUUGCCCUUCUCGCUUUUGGUUCAACCGAGAGCAAUGUUGUUGGUCAUCAAAUGAGACAACUAGUUUUGAGACAGGAAAUUGCUCUGAUUGGCUGACAUGGUCUGAAGUCCUUGGCCAGUCCAGAACCGGCGCAGGUGCCUACAUUAUUUCAUAUCUAAUGUAUAUAGCCUGGGCUCUCCUCUUUGCCUCUCUUGCUGCAUCACUAGUCCGAAUGUUUGCACCAUACGCAUGCGGCUCAGGUAUUCCAGAGAUCAAAACUAUAUUGAGUGGCUUUAUCAUCAGGGGUUAUCUAGGAAAAUGGACCUUAAUUAUAAAAUCAGUUGGUAUCAUGCUAUCUGUAUCUGCUGGUCUCAGUCUUGGAAAAGAAGGGCCAAUGGUUCAUAUUGCCUGUUGUAUUGGCAAUAUACUCUCAUACCUUUUCCCCAAAUAUGGAAGAAAUGAAGCAAAAAAGAGAGAGAUUCUCUCUGCUGCUGCUGCAGCUGGUGUAUCUGUUGCUUUUGGUGCUCCAAUUGGAGGUGUCCUUUUCAGCUUAGAGGAGGUCAGUUAUUAUUUUCCCCUGAAGACAUUGUGGCGCUCGUUUUUCUGUGCUCUUGUGGCUGCGUUUGUGUUACAUUCUAUUAAUCCAUUCGGAAAUGAGCACUCAGUAUUAUUCUUUGUUGAAUAUAACAACCCUUGGAUCUUUUUUGAACUUGUCCCAUUUGUCGGACUUGGUAUUAUUGGGGGUGUCAUUGCUGCUAUAUUCAUACGAGCAAAUCUGUACUGGUGCAAAUAUCGCAAAACAUCCAAGCUUGGCCAGUACCCAGUAACUGAGGUCUUAAUUGUGACUGCUGUGACUGCAGUGCUUGCUUACCCCAACCCAUACACUCGUAUGAGCACAAGUGAACUCAUUUAUUUGUUGUUCCGCAAGUGUGGUGUUACCAACACUGAUGAUCUGUGUGAUUACAACCGCAACUUCACUGAUGUGAAGUCAGCUGUCGACCUUGCCUCAGCUGGCCCUAAGGUUUACCGUGCAAUGUGGCUUCUUGUUCUUGCUCUAAUUUUCAAGUUGCUUGCAACAGUAUUUACAUUUGGUAUAAAGGUACCAUGUGGUCUUUUUAUUCCAUCUCUUUGUCUUGGGGCAAUUGUGGGCCGCAUUGUUGGCAUUGGCAUGGAACAAUUGGCUUUUAAUUACCCCCACAUAUGGGUGUUCAGUGGAGAGUGCUCCACAAUGAAAGACUGUAUAACUCCUGGUCUAUAUGCUAUGGUUGGGGCUGCAGCGGUUCUUGGUGGAGUCACAAGAAUGACAGUGUCCUUGGUGGUUGUAAUGUUUGAACUGACUGGUGGUGUGCGCUACAUUGUCCCGCUAAUGGCAGCAGCCAUGGCCAGCAAAUGGGUAGGUGAUGCCCUUGGAAGCCAUGGGGUCUAUGAUGCCCAUAUAAAUCUUAACGGUUAUCCAUUUUUGGAUAGCAAAGAAGAGUUUGCUCACACAUCACUUGCAGCAGAUGUAAUGCAGCCUAAGCGGAAUGAGACAUUAAGUGUCUUGACACAGGAUUCCAUGACUGUGGAGGAUGUUGAAACACUGAUGAAAGAAACAGAGCACAACGGCUUCCCUGUUGUAGUGUCACGUGAAAGCCAAUAUUUAGUUGGCUUUGUACUAAGGAGAGACUUAAAUCUAGCUCUUGCGCAAGCUCGGCGGGCAGUCGAAGGUCUAAGACCAAGUUCAUUGGUACUCUUUACUAGCAAUUCUCCACAACAACCACCUCAGCCAGGAACACCUGCUCCGCUUUUACUCAAGAAUAUUCUUGACAUGGCUCCUAUAACGAUUACUGAUCAAACUCCAAUGGAGACUGUUGUAGAUAUGUUCCGCAAGCUUGGCUUGAGGCAAACUCUUGUUACACACAAUGGUCGCCUGUUGGGUGUGAUUACGAAAAAAGAUGUACUGCGCUAUGUCAAACAAUUAGACAACGAAGACCCUAAUUCGGUUCUUUUUAACUAAGUUGGCUGCCACGUCUUGCCUGGUAGCCCAGUGCCAGUGGAUGUCUGUGAUGAAACAAAAGGUCACCUCAUCUAUUGUUUCUUAUUGUGCGAUGAGGUUACCACUUAUAGUUAAUACAUAUUUCUUACUAAUCCCUCUCAGUAGAAAUUUAUUGGUAAUAUUUUGGACAAUGUUAUAAACUUGCUAUGCAAGUUUAAUGCAAUGUACUAGUGAUCUGUCAGAACUGAAUACAUUGUAUGAUGGGGAUUUUUUUUAGUACCUUUGUGUGUUCCUGAUUAAGAUAUUGCUUGUAUGAGUUUUAAAUUUUAUCCUUGUAGGGUUUAUUCCCGUGUCUAAAUUUUAAGUAUACUUCAUGCUUGCCUAUAUGGAUAGGAAGUCAAAUUUAGCCUGCGGCAAGUGUUUUAUUUUCCCAGUUUGUUUUACAAUUUUUAUUGAAUUACUUAUAUUCUUAUCAGUUACAGUAUUGUAUCUACUUUUACAAGUCAAAAAGUCCGUAUAUUUUGCAAACUUUUAGAAUUUCUAAUCUGUUUAAUUUAUGUGUGAUGUGUCUUCCUUUCUGCUGUGUGGGUUCUUUCUGCCAGGCCACAGAAAUGGUGAUAAUAUUUUGUAGAUGAUACGAGGAAUAGUUGGAAUGAUUAUGCUAGCCCUGAAAGAGAUUUAGUACAUUGUAAUUGAUAUAGAUUUCAUCAAGAUACAUUUUCAGUGCCAGCAUGUAAUGUGACUUUUUUCCUGCACUAAACCAGAGUAAAAUGUGAGUGAAAAAUAUUUGCUUUUUUAACUCUCAGGUCUGUCAAGGUGAUUUAAUUGUCAUAUUUCAUGUAGUGCUUUGCCUUGUAUUUAGACAGCCGUCAUGAGACCUCUUUACUAAAGGUGCUAGUCAUGUGGUAGGUUCAAAGAUAUGUACAUAUGUUUGAGCCAUCUAGUUUAUCAAAUCUUGUAUUGUAGAAACCGCGGCCAGCUCAUUGCAGCUUGUUUUAAUCUUAAUUUCAAAUGUCAUCUUUUCAUUUAAAUCUGUCCUUGUCUCAUUUUCAUUUGGUAUGGUCACAACUGCAUGAAAAUUUUUUGCAACUAAGUGAAAGGCAUGAUCUUUCCAAGUGACCUUUUAUUGUCAAUAGUGGUGCUGGCUACCACACAAAUUUUAUUAUAGGAACCCCCUUAUAAUGCUGAAGACAGAAUAAUUUAUAUUACAAAUGAUAUAUGAAAUAUAUAUGUAUAUGUUGUAUGUAAGAAUACCACGAUCUGUAUCUAAUCAUGAACUGUGUAUUUGCUGUGAAGUCUUGAACACUUUUUACUGACCCUUAAGCUGGCUCUAUAUUAAGUGUAAUUUUAUUUUAGGAAAUUCAUUUAAAUCCAAUUUGUGUGAUCUAAUGGACUUUUUUUUUUUAUUUGAGUGUUCUAAGCACUCAUUUUCAUUCCAAGUUAUUAAAUACCAUCUGUGAAAUGCUUAAAAGUCUGUUUCACUUUGCCCAUGUACUUUUGGAUGAAAAAAGAGAACAAAGUAGUGAAUUUUGUAAACACUUAAAAUAAAUAAGUGGUCGCUAAUGAA